UUAGUUUUUAAGAUUUCAAUUUCAUUCUUUGUUUCCUUUAGGUGCCACUGGGUGUAAUACUUAAAAAUGAGAAUAAUUUAGAUGAUAUGAUAGAGAUUCUUGAAGAAGUUAGUAUGUUCCUGUAUCUCAGAGGGAGGAAAGCGACUGUGUUACACAAAAGAUGGUUUCAGCUGAUCGAUUGCACUGUUUGUUGAUUGGGGGAGACCAACUUACAUGUAAGAGGAUUGAAACAGCAAUCGAAUUACGGCAGAAUGGCUCAACACCAAUUCAUGCUCUAAAAGGUAUACAGCCUGUAUGUGAAGACUGGCAUGCCAAGAAAUGUUUACUUGAAGUGAUUUGGAAGAAGUUUUAUGAUACUAAGAGUUUCAUGGACAAAGGAAGCAUGGCACAAUUGAGGAAUUUAAUAGAUCGGAGAAAUAUCAGUGCUGAUUCGGAAAGUGACUAUAAUGCCUGUGACGAUUUUUUCACUGUAGUAGUUGAGUGUCAUAUCAUUGCUGCAGCUAUGCAGUACUUGAAGAUGGCUACAAUCAAUGACCAACCAUCUCACUCUCUGCUUAUUGGCCUCGCCCAGCUUUGC